GGAGCCAUGGCCGGAGAGACCCAGCAGCCCGGGCUGAGCCACAGCUCGCCCAGCCCCGACAGAGUGGCGCUCAAAAAGGAGAUCGGGCUGCUGAGCGCCUGUGCCAUCAUCAUAGGGAACAUCAUUGGCUCUGGGAUCUUCAUCUCCCCCAAGGGCGUCCUGGAGCACACGGGCUCGGUGGGCCUGGCGUUGAUUAUCUGGGUGCUUGGAGGUGGCAUUGCUGCCCUGGGCUCUUUCUGCUACGCAGAGCUUGGAGUUGCUAUUCCUAAAUCAGGGGGCGACUAUGCCUACGUCACAGAGAUCUUCGGGGGCCUCGCUGGAUUUUUGCUGUUAUGGAGUGCAGUACUGAUCAUGUAUCCUACCAGUCUGGCUGUUAUAUCUUUGACGUUUUCCAACUAUGUGCUACAACCAGUGUUUCCUAAUUGCAUUCCGCCAUACAGUGCCACCAGGGUUCUCUCCAUGGUCUGCCUAUUGCUUCUGACCUGGGUCAACAGCUCCAGCGUGCGGUGGGCCACCCGCAUCCAGGAUGUCUUCACAGCGGGAAAGCUGCUGGCCCUGGCACUCAUCAUCAUCGUGGGCUUCAUCCAGAUCUUCCAAGGACACUAUGAAGAAUUGAGACCAAGUAACGCCUUCAAUUUCUGGAUGACCCCCACGGUGGGGCACUUAGCAUUAGCUUUUCUCCAAGGGUCGUUCGCUUUCAGUGGGUGGAACUUCCUGAACUAUGUCACUGAAGAAAUAGUGGAUCCCCGCAGGAACCUACCUCGUGCCAUAUUCAUAUCCAUUCCACUGGUGACAUUUGUGUACACAUUCACCAACAUAGCAUACUUCACUGCCAUGUCUCCUCAAGAGCUCUUGUCCUCCAAUGCUGUGGCUGUAACAUUUGGUGAAAAGUUACUGGGCUACUUCUCCUGGAUCAUGCCUGUCUCUGUGGCCCUGUCUACGUUUGGAGGAAUAAAUGGAUACCUUUUUACCUCAUCAAGGUUAUGCUUUUCGGGAGCCCGGGAAGGCCAUUUGCCCAGCCUGCUCGCCAUGAUCCACGUCAAGCAGUGCACCCCGAUCCCCGCUCUCCUCGUCUGUUGUGGGACCACUGCGAUCAUCAUGCUCGUCGGUGACACGUACACAUUAAUUAAUUACCUUUCAUUCAUUAACUACCUCUGCUACGGAGUGACAAUCAUAGGCUUAAUUGUGCUGCGAUGGAAGAGACCCAAACUCUUCAGACCCAUCAAGGUGAACCUCCUUGUUCCAGUCACUUACUUGGUAUUUUGGGCCUUUCUGUUGAUCUUCAGCUUAUACUCUGAGCCUGUGGUCUGUGGCAUUGGCCUCAUCAUCAUCUUGACUGGAGUACCUGUGUUCUUUCUGGGAGUGUAUUGGAGAAACAAACCAAAGUGUGUAAAUAGGCUGACAGAGUCCAUGACAUGCUGGGGCCAGAAACUGUGUUUUGUGGUGUACCCCCAGGAAGGAGCCCCGGAAGAUGAGGACAGCACCUGCAAUCACAUUUCAUUGCCCGAAAAUGACAAGACUUUGAAGAUACAAUAAGGCGGGCUCUAAAACGGACGUAGAUUUUUGUUUACACGUUGAUUUUUUUUUUUUGCAAAACGUUUUUCUUG